UUCCUUCUUGUCCGUUUCAUUUGGUUUCUGAAAUGAGAAUGCAUUUGCAAUCUUCCGUUAACACUUCAUCACACUCAUCAUGCUUCCCAUUUUCAACACCAUGGCCAACUCCUACCUCCUCGCACCUCCUCCACCUCGCUUCCAACACCACAACGCCAAUUUCCCACAAUUCAAAUACCUCCCUCGCCCACGCCACCACAAUCCCCUUUUCAUCUUCUCCUCCCAAUUCGCCUUUUCUCCACGCCCACCCAAUUUCGCUCAUCAUUCCGAGGGUUCAGUUGACGUUCGAGAAAGCCAAAGCUACCAGCAAUGGGAUUCCCUCACCGCCAACUUCUCUGCCGCCGCCAACAUUCCCUUUCUCUUGCUCCAAAUGCCGCAAAUCAUACUCAAUGCCAGAAACCUUCUCGCCGCAAACCUAACCGCACUCUCUGCUGUCCCCUGGCUCGGUAUGCUAACUAGUUUGCUUGGGAACUUGUCUCUGCUUUCCUACUUUGCCAAGAAGAGAGAAAAGGAAGCCAUGGUGGUGCAGACAUUGGGUGUGGUUUCCACCUACGUUGUCCUUGUUCAGCUAGCCUUGGCUGAAACCAUGCCCUUGCCUUACUUUUUGGCUACUUCGGUUGUUGUGGUCUCCGGCCUUGUUCUCAAUUUCUUGAAUUACUUUGGUUUACUCAAUGCUGGAAUCUUUGGCUUUUGGGAAGAUUUCAUCACGAUUGGGGGUUUAUCAGUGCUUCCCCAAAUAAUGUGGUCUACAUUUGUCCCCUAUAUACCUAACAGCAUCUUACCUGGGGCUGCUGCCUUUGUGAUUGCAGUCUUGGCUGUUACCAUGGCAAGAACUGGAAAACUGUCUGAGAAAGGUGUCAAAUUUGUUGGAGGAAUAUCUGGAUGGACAGCUACAUUACUCUUCAUGUGGAUGCCGGUUUCUCAAAUGUGGACAAAUUAUCUCAAUCCCGAGAACAUGAAAGGCUUGUCGGCUUUUACUAUGUUACUUGCCAUGCUUGGAAAUGGGCUUAUGCUUCCUCGUGCUCUCUUGAUUCGUGAUUUCAUGUGGUUCACUGGUUCAGCGUGGGCUACCUUUUUCUAUGGAUACGGAAAUAUUGCAUGCUUAUAUCUUUUAAACAUUAUCAGCAAGGAAUUCUUCUUAGCAGCAACUGUUGGUCUGGUUUCGUGGAUAGGAAUGGCUUUCUGGAAAGACAGUGCAGUACAUGGUUACAGCUCACCUUUGACUUCUAUACGUGACUUGGUUUUUGGAUCGUGAAGUUCAAGCCCUCGAUGCUGCACUGAAACUCAGUUACACGGUCAUUUCUGCUGAAAUAGUUAUGCAUGAUUGUCAUUGCCACUGCCACUACAGUGCGCAAUAUACUUCACUGGACUAAUACAGUACGGUGAAUCAUAAACUCGUCGUUAAUACCAUUCUUCUCCCUCAUGGGGUUGAAAAUGAGUAUGUCGUACCAAAUGCGCGUUUUAAGUGAUUUUCUCUUACAAGCUGUGAUAUAGGACUACAUUGGACUUUAAGGAUAUAAUUGUAAUGUAAUGUUCAAGGUGAA